GCCGCGCGCGCCACAAUUUGCGAGGAGAGGCCGUGGUGCCGCGCGCCGCAUGGUGCUGAGCUCGAUGCAGCCUCUCCGAGGCAAUGUCGAAACGGACCGAAUUCUCGCGAAGUGCCCAUUUCGCCAAGGAACGCUCCACCUUCACUGUGCAGCUCUUGUUUGAAGCCUCUCAUGAAGUGGUACUCGCCUGGCUAGGGUUAAUAAUUCAGACCCAUAGGAUUGACUGGGCGCUGAGCGUUUGAAUUCGAGCCUCUGGUUUUGCGCUUCGAGCUUCCUUUGUGGAGGUGUUCAGUGUCGUGUGGUUGUUGUUCUCGUGCUCGCAUAUCCAGGCAAAUUGAAUUGUGGUUUCUACAGUGGUGUGAGUGCAGACCUGGUUUUGUAGUGCUUGGGCUCUGUCCUUGCGAUUGGAGGAUUGCCUUUUUAUUGUGAGUCAGAUCCAGUACCGUAGAGGCGUAGUUAGUAUAUCGGUGCAGCUUUACAAUCAUGUGAGAUAUUCUUUGUGCAACCUCAUGUUCUAGAGUUGGAAUUUGAUUUUCGUCCAAUGACGAUCAGUUUUGCUACUUUUGCAAAAAGUCUUGAAUCACACGCCGAUUGUAUAAUCUGGAGAUUUUGUUUCUGAUUUUUUUAUCUUUUAAGCGUAAAACAGCCCGCACAUGGAGUUUGUUAAGUUUUCGCAUCAGAAAGUUUACAAGAUGGUUGCAGAAGGGUGAAGGCAAGGACAUUGAGCAGGGAGAAUGAUUCUUUACGGAAGCCAGUUGCGGCGGUAACAGCGGUGCUGAGUUUUGUCAUUGGAAGUUUUGCACUGAAUUGUGUUUUGCUACUGAUCUUCUGGAAAAGGAGAAUGGAAUGACGGAGAUAUGCGAACGUUGUUGAAGCUGGUAGAUAGUCUGAGGUUGUCUUCGACGGCUCGAAACCUGGUGCUGUGUUGGAAAAGAGAUGUUGCUCGGAGAGGUUUUGGGUUUCCUUUUGACGUAGUUGCAAGUGUUCCACGCGUGUGAUGGAGCUUGGGGAUUCUCGAAUGCCUAUGUCCAGUUUUUUUGCGGUGUCUUGGUGGAGCUUUGGACAUCCGUUACUGUAACUGCUGCGGGCCUUCUUGGCACCCGACAAUGAACAGUGUUCGUCUUCCAGUCAGCUUGGAGUUUCGAAUCCUGGAUUUGGGAGCUUCCUCCAAGGCAUGACUGGGAUUUCUAACGAUGCAUUGACCAACUAGCGAGUCGUUGAAUCCAGACUGUCUUUUCAAUGCCAACAUAACGUCAUGCAGCUCUUUCGUGAAGAUGAAUCUGCCUAAGAUUCUACGUGUGAGAUGAUUUGGUUCCAGGUGCUGCAGUUGGAAAUACCGUGUCCUUGAAAACCGCUUCUCUUUUGUUUCAAGUCAUGAGGCGCUUCUACUCGUGACAUUCUUCGCGAGCUGUUGACUCAUAGCUUGCUUAAAAUUCUGGAUACCACUUUUUGGUGAUCAAUUUGAGAUGGAUUUGCAGAGAGUUUCGCGGAAAUCUUUUUCCUCAGAAAUCGAAGGAGAGAGGAUGCGAUUUCGGGAUGUGGAAGCGAAGGACGUGCCACUGCACGAGAAUGCCGACCACAUUAGGUCAUUGUAUUCCCAGCAAAUAAUGAGCGCUGCUUCUGCUACCGCUUAUGGCUUAAUAGGACUACUUAUGGGAUUUGUCAAUAAGGCAGUUCUUUUACAAUGGCCUUAUCCAAACUCGUUUCUUGCACUACAAAUGGUUGCAUCUAUUGUGAUUGUCUACGCAUUCAAAGCUUGGGGCCUGACAACUGUACAGCCAUUGCACGUAAAAGCUGCUAAAGCACUUCUGCCUGUUGUUUUUUUUUACAACACAAACGUUGGGUUUGCUUUAGCAGCGGUGAGAGCCUUGAGUAUUCCCGUGUAUCAUGUCUUGAAGCGAUUGACACCAGUAAUGGUUUUGGUGGGUAAAUCUUUCAUGGGUGGUGCCAUUCCUUCCAAGCAGAUUACGUUGUCCGUGCUUACUGUUGUUUCAGGUUGCAUAAUGGCUGGCUUUGGUGAUUUAAGUUUCGAUUUGAGUGGCUACUCUGCGGCACUCAUUAGCUGCGCUUUGCAAACCAGUUACUUGCUUUUAGUAGAGAGAACUGGCACCGAGAAAGGGUUCAAUUCAAUGGAACUGCUUCUGUACAACGGAAUACUCUCGUUACCGGUGUUACUCAUCAUCAUAUUAGGUACAGGGGAGGUUUGGGAUUCAUUUGAGAGCAUGAGGAUCCAAUCACGGGAGUCUCUUGCAUUCCUACCUCUGCUGCUUGUAUCUUUACUCAUGGGUUCAUUGUUAAACUACUGCUUGUUUCUAUGCACCCUCUGCAAUUCGGCACUCACGACAACCAUUGUGGGCACUUUAAGGAGUGUUUUGGGCACGGUUCUGGGGUUUUUUGUCUUUGGCGGGGUUAAGGGCACCAUUUUUAUCUUUUUGGGCGUUUUAUUCAACACGUUAGGUGGUGUCUGGUACACAUUAAUCAAGUUUAAGGAGAAGCAUAAGGAGAAGCAGUCCAAGGAGCAAUAUCGUAUCUUGGAGGCGAGUAGUAGUUUCAAAGGAGGCUGAAUCAAGUAUCAUGAUCAGAUACUUCAUAUUUCUGUGACGCAGUUGUGUCUCUUACAAACACUCUGAUGCAUGACCUUGCUGGUUUCUAACUUGAAGCCCUUCAUCCAGGAUGUGAUGAUAGUUUUGAUAGAAUAUUCUUCUAUCAUUCUAUUUUAUUUUGCAGCACCUUCUUGAGGUUGAUGAGGCCAAAUACCCGUGAAUAGCCAGUUGGUGUAGAUUUGAGUGGUCAGAACCUGUAUAUUUAUGGUGUCUGAAGGAUCCAAAUGUAUUCGAGCAGGAACCUGUAAUGUUAGUUGUAGUUGAAGAUUUUUAGAUCCUAGUUCAUAUUUUAGACGUCAUUUAUUCAGUUAGCCCCGCAGGAAAAAUUCUUUGAGACCCUUCAUUGGUCAUCAGCAACGUCUGUUUCAUUUAAGCAAAACUAUCCAUUGCACCGAGUAUUUGUCUCCGAUGCAUUCAGAAA